CAUGAAGCUAUCGUCGAUUCUUCUUUGCGCCAUUCACCACUCAACCUUGAACACUAAGAGAUUGACUUUCUUACUGAUUUUUGGCAAACGGCAACGAGCUUAUCGAAACUUCUAAUUGUCCUUCUACUUCCAACUCUAUACCCAAUUUGUUUUUUGUCAUUCCAAUACCGUCAUCAUGUCGUCGUCCACAACUGGCGGUGUUUCUCUCAACCCUGAGGUGAAGUCCAAGAAGGACAAGAACCUGAAGCGCAAGCAAGACAAGUCAACCAAGCUUGAGCAGCGCAAGAAGAAGCGUUCCGCCAAAGCAGAGAAGCGAGCCGUCAAGGCUGCCGGUGCCGUCAGUACUGAGCCCAAGGAGGUCGUUGGUGGCAAGCCCCGAAAGUCAAAGACCGUGGCAAAGAAAACCGUCAAUGCUUCCAAGCGCAAGGAAAAGCUAAAGGCUCGUGCCGAAAAGCUUCAGGAAAAGGCAAACUUGUUGUUGGCCGAGGCCAAGAAAGCCGCUGCCCAGUAUCAAGCACUUCUUGACGCCGAGAAAACCGCCAACGAGUCCAAGUCUGAGCAGGACGACGAUACCUCUUCUGAUUCCGAUAGUUCAGAUUCUGGUUCCGAUAGCUCAUCUGAGGAUGAGGGAGGUGCUCCAGUGGCCAAGCAGCCGACCGAAGUUCCUACAAACAUCCCAGCCGACGAGGUCGUGAUGAAGCACCGCCGACUGAGCAACGCCACUUCCGAACGAAGCCAUGUUUCCGCCGCCGAUAUCUCCCCCGAGGCAAAGGAAGAGCCCAAGGAAUCCAAGAAGGAGAAGAAAAGCAAGAAGGGGAAAAAAGUGAGACUCGUCGAGCCUGAGAAGGCAGAGGAAGAGGCUGUCGAAUCUGAGGCUGAGGUUGAGGAUCCCAAGGCAUCUGACAAGAAGGCCAAGAAGGCCGAGAAGAAGAGGAAGCGAGCCGAGACCAAGGACAAGAAGGAAAAGGAGCCCGAGUCUGCAGCUCAGGCUGAACAAUGGCAAGUCGACGAUCUCGAGGGAGGCUCUGCUCGACAGGCCAAGUUUCUCCGACUUUUGGGUGGAAAGAAGGCUGGUGCUAGUGUUGCCGCUUCCCAUAACACCAAGGGCGCAUCCGACUCGACCAAGGCCGAGGCUGACAUCCAGAAGCAGUUCGAGGCUGGUAUGAAGAUGAAGAACGAUGGUGGCAGCAAGCGUCGUGGUCUUGGUGCAUAGUUGUGUGACGCAAAGUAUGUGUUUCGUGUUGGCAUUCGCAUUUGAAGCUCGUGGCUUCGCACAAGCUCUCCCUAUAUAAAGAAAGGGCUGUUAUUUUAAUUCACGGUUCACGGCAUGGCGUCAGGUAGACAAAAAGCAAAGAAAUAAACCCUCUUGUUUUGUUCUUCGAAAAGAAGUCGAUUUAUGUUGAUUCCAGAUUGCGCCUGUUCUCCCUAAGUCGAGUUCCUGUGAAUUCAAUACAGGUUCCCCCAUGGCGAAAUACAAUUAUAUGUGCCCUUCCACCCUUUCAGCUUCUUUGAACGAUGGACUGGUGCCCCAUGCUUGUCCAUAGCUUUUAGAUGGCUCGCAGACCCUUACUCUCCCAGAUAUAAAAAAAUGCAGUACCAUCGCUAAGAGCGAGGUCUGGUAAGGGUAUUCGUUUUGGUUGUUGUUUGUGUUUAUGUUGUUAUAGUAUAGAAAGGUUCAAUUGGUGGGAGCUUAACCGAAGAAUCGGGAGAUCCCCUCGAAGACGAGACCACCAAAGAUGACGAACCCAAGGAUAGCUGCAGUGGCAAAUUGUUAGUAAAGCCCAGCUCUU